AUGUUUUAGACCAACUUUCAAUAACAGCCCAGGAAGGUAAUACCUAUUUUUAUGUUUUUAGAUUUAUGUCUUACAAAGAACAUAAAGUUAAUUACCAAUGAACCUUUAAUAAUAGCCUUAAGAACAAAAAUUAGAAUAUUUUUAGUAAUCAAAAAUUGCACAUUAACCUGUGAUGUAAACUCUCCAAUAUCAAAUGAAUCCCCAUAUUAAUUAAUUAAAAUUCAAAUAGGGUGAAUCAGUGUAGCAAACUCAAUUAGGAUAAUAAAUAGUUUAUUAACCUAAUCUAUAAAAUAUAUAAAGAUCUAUUGUCGCUUAAAAGAUCAUAAAUUAUCAAGAUGAUGAAUUGAUUUAACCAAAAAAAGAAAAUGCAAAGUAAACAGCAAAAUAUGAUUUAAUUGAAAAUUUACAAUUUGAAAUAAAAACUUUAUACAAAAUGGUAAAACUAUUCCCUACCAAAGCAUAAUACUUACCUGGAAUUGUAAGUAUAAAAGCAAAAGAUUAAACUAUUACUCAAAAUCAUGAAAAUCAAAGAGUUGGAAUAGAUUUGGUAUUUAUUUUUAAUAAAUGUUUAGAUUUGUUUGAUUGAUAUUAGUGGAAGUAUGAUUGGAGUUAAAAUUCAAAUGGUUAAAUAAUCUUUAAUUGUUUUACUUUAAUUUCUUGGAGAUAACGAUAGACUACAAUUAAUAACAUUCGAUGAUGAUGCCCAUAGAUUAACACCAUUAAAGAGAGUAACAAAACAGAAUAAAAUUUAUUUUACUUAAAUUAUUCAAUAAAUUCAGGCAAAUGGAGGGAAUCAAAUCUCAGAAGCUACUAAAAUGGCAUUUUGCUAAUUAAGACAUAGAAAAUAUAUAAAUAAUGUGACAUCUAUUUUCUUACUUUCUGAUGGUGUUGAUUAUACUUUUCCAGAAAUUAAGGAACAAAUAAAGACAGUCAAUGAAGUAUUUACUUUACAUACAUUUGGUUUUGGAUAAGAUCAUGAUGCUCCUAUGAUGACUUAAAUUUGUAAUUUAAAAAGUGGAAGUUUCUAUUUUGUAUAGGAUGUAACAUUAUUGGAUGAAUUCUUUGCAGAUGCUUUGGGAGGACUUAUUUCAGUUGUUGGUGAAUAAUUAGAAAUAACUAUUACUUCUUAAGCACCUCCUCCCUAUUAAAACAUUUAAAUAUCUAAAACUUAUGGUAAUAUGUGGUAAAAGAAAGGAAAUCAAUAUUAUAUUACUCAACCUUAAUUUGCUUCAGGUUCCAGAAAAGAUUAUGUUUUUGAAAUAGCUCUUCCUAAAUUUUAAGGAAGAAUUUAAGAUUAUCAAAGAUCUAUUGGGGUAUUAUUCGCAGAAUUAAAGAUUUAAGAUCCUAUUAAUAGAUCUAUUAUAAAAAUAAAAGCAAGGCUUGAUUUGAAUUUAUUUAAUUAAGAUGAAUAAAUCAAUGAAAAUAUUUAUCCUGAUAUUGAUGUUUAUGCAUAGUAUUUCAGAGUCAAAGGAACAGAAGUGAUAGAUGAAGCAAGAAAAGCUUGUGAAUAAAAUAAGAAUGAGGAUGCCGAAAAAUUAAUUGAUAAUAUGUUGAUACAAAUUUAAAAGAUACCAAAUGUUGCUGCUUAAUGUACUGGAAUUAUUUAAGAUUUGUAAUAAGCAAAAUAAGCAUCUGCAAGAACAUCAUAUAGUUUAUUUGGACAGAAACAAAUGUGUCAAAUGGUCAGUAAUAAUUAUCAAUAGGGAGGAGUCAAUUCUUUAUUUUCUGCCUAAGGAAUGCAAUUAUAAUAAGUUUAACCAGCUGCAUACUAGAAUGUUUAAUAAUAAUAGAUGAUGGUUUAAGUGUAAAAAUCAAAAAUACCAUAAAAAUUUAUUUGAUUUUCAAUUG